AUGAACCAUGAAGAAAGUAAAUAUUUACAAAUUGUAUUUGAUGUUAUUGAUGAUAUGUACAAGUUAAAUGAUAAAAAUAAUAAUAAAAAUGAAAUAUUUUCAUGUUUUAAUGAUGAUGAACGUAAUCUUGUAUUUAUUGAUGGCACUACUCGAAAGAAUUUUCAUGGAACAUUUAAUAUUCAACCAAUAAUCGUUAAUAGGGUAGACUCGCCUGAACAAUCAUCAACAAUACCAAUGGUUAUUUCCACUCAUCGAAAACAAGAUGAAACAAGUCAUCAAACAACACAAAUGGAUCGUUGGAAACAAGACGAUUAUGAAAACCGUUUACGUUAUUCGUUAACAAAAUUACAACUACCCGAAUGGUUUAAUCAUGAUUAUGUGGCUACACCACCAAAUGAAUUAAGAAAAACAAAAUCACAUGGAACAGUUGGACGAUGUCAAACAUUGACAAAUAAUUUUAAUGGUGAUCAUACUAAUUCAAAUUCUAAUACAAACUCACCAAAACUUUUUGUAAGAAACUGUCGUCAACGUUCAUUUAAUAGUCCAACACGAUCGUGGUCGGGACAUAAUUCAAUUAAGGAAUCAUCAUCUGAAUUAUUCUGUCGCCGUAGUGUACCAAUGUAUAUUCCAGGAAAACAACGUGUUGCCCAAUCAUCAAACUGGUAUAAACCUGUUCAAUUACCUCUAGGUGAACAAAAUACAACAACAAAUAAUCAUCCAAUUAAAUAUAAUCCAGUUCGAAAUAUGAUAAAAACACCAAUAAGUGGCAUGAAUCAUUAUAAACAGUGGAAUUCGUCUAUUUCUCAAACGAAAGAAUUACCACGAACGUUGCCAACUAUCUACAGUUUGGAACAACUAAAACAGGUUAAUAACUUGAAAAAUCAUUCAAAUAAUGAUACUAGACAAUGUAACAAUCGACCACAAAUUGCGUUAGCUAACAAUACUCAUCACGCAUCAGAGAGAAAGAAGAAUAAUAUGUCUAAACACAACGAAUCCCCUGUAACCAGUACGGAAAAUAAUAUACCGAAUGAACAACAGUUAAAAUACGAAAACGAUAAUAUAUUACAGAAUAUUUCACUCGAUAUCAGCAGUGAUUUAUCUGAAGAAAAAGAUGUGACAAUUCGUAAAGAAAAUGUUGACAAAUCGUUGUCUCGUUCGACUGUAUCAUCAUUUAACAGUUGUAUAUCACCGCAAGACGUCACAUUGUUACCACGUACAAAUUCGUCGAAAAGUGUUUCAUCGACAGACUCGUAUCGUUCAGCAUUACCGCCAAAUAGUUUACUAGCUGUCGAUUCAUCGUCUUACGCAAGUGUAAAUGAUCGUUCAUUAUCAUCGUAUUAUACAGCCACUGAUGGUGGAAGUAGUUCAACAUCAUCGAUUACGGGAUAUGAUACACCCACUCCUCAAAUCGAAGACGACGAUGAAAGUUCGGUACAAAGUUCUACAUCUGAUUUAAGUCAUGCAGAAACAUUAGAACUGGAUGAAAAUGCAAAAAGUACAGAUUUGUAUGAUUCAGAAAAAUUCGAAGAAUCGACAAAUGCCGAAACGGCAAUCAAUAAAUCAGAACAAACAAAUAAUAAUGUUGUACAAAUUAUAUCGCCAUUAGUCGUUAAUAAUUUACAAAACAUUUCCGAAAAAAAAGAAAAGAAAACAAUGAUUGCUCUAUCUGAUUCUCAACUAUCAAAUUCGCAACGUCGUUUAGGAGGUGGUAUAGAAAUGGAAAUAUCACCGGAUGGUGAUAGAAAUAGUUUAUCAUCUUCUAGUACCGAUUCAUCGUCUCAUUUUUCACAACAAAAUGAUCAUUGGUAUGAAGGAAAUUCAAUAGCGACGUGUAUUCAUCGACAAAACAGUAUAAACAAUAACAAUACAACACUUGUAGCAUCAUCAUCAUUACCAAAUAACUUUAGUAAACAUUUAUCAUCGGAUAGUUUAAAACGUCAUUCAGCCGGUAUCUAUCAGACAAGUACCAGUGGUUUAAGAGAAAUUCCUAACGAUGAAAUAUUACGUGAAGUCGAUCUAAAUGAUAUAAAUAAUGUUGGAGAUGAAUUUUUUCUAUUUUCUCCCCGAAAUGAAAAUGAAGAUGAUAAUUCGAGUAAAGAAGUUAACAUUUCAGCUAUUCCUAAUGUAAACAACAAUAACAAUAGUAUGCAUAAUCAAAAUAAUCGAUUGUAUGCAUUUAUACCAUCAGACGAUGAUAAUAAGAACAAUAACAAUCAUGAAGAUCUGUUUCCUACGGAUACAAACGAAUCAGAUUUUCACUAUUCCACAACACGAGAUCCAUUUGGAUUUGGAUGUACAACAAUAACGAAUCUUGAUGAUAUUAUUGAUGAUAAUCAUGAUGUAACCAUGAUUAAAAAUUAUCGACGACCUUUACAAGAAGAUAUUUUAUAUGAAGUUGAAAAUGAAAAUAGUCAUUCUGAUCAUAGUCCGAAUACAACAUCUGUUAUUGCUCUUGAUGACGCGUAUCCACAAACUGGUACAGACGAAAAACUUUGGAAUGGUAGUCAUAUAACAGCAAGCGAUCAACCAGUUGAUGUAUUAAAUGAUAAUACUAUUAAAAGUACUUUUGAUUUCACAGAAAUAAUAGAUAAUUCAAAAGUAGACGAUACAGCUAAAUCUAUAAACGUUGAUGAACAAAAAUCGAAAAAGUCGGCAGAGAAUAUAUUAAUCACGCCAAAAUCACCAGUGCAAGAGUUAGAAGAAAUGACUAGUUCGAAAAAUGAUAAUAUAUUACCGAUUUAUAUUGCGUAUUCACUACCACCUCUGUUUUCCACUCAGGCUCCAACAGCAUUGAGCGUUGAUACAUCGACAACAACAAACAAUAGUUUGAAACCAUCCUAUUUGCUUCCGUCUAUGAUGGAAUCACCGCAAUAUUGUAAUUUAAAAAAAUGGGAUAGUUUAAUUAAUAAUAUUGACGAAUUAUCAAGCACAUCCAGUCCAUCGUCUUAUACAUCAAAAAUACGUCAUCGUCAAUACAGUGUCGGCUCGUAUUAUGAUCAUAAAAGUACGACAACAGCAACACAUCAUCAUCAUACAUGUCUAUUAGGAAGUGCCCCCGUUAGUCCAAUCGGUCGAAAUGAUAUACUCAAUACAUUCGUUGUACGCCAUAGCCCAGUCUCACUGGGAAGUGCAGCACUCAGUGCUCUACGCCGGAUGAAUCCUUUCAUGGAAACAUCCGCGUCUCAAAUACCAACAAUAUCACUUUACCAGCCAAUUAUCAUAAAUAAUCGAAAUAUUCAUUCUGAUCCAUCGAAAACAGUUGGAGACAAUGAUGUUUUAAAUUUAUCGUCUGAUAAAAUCCAAAAUGAAUCUAACACAUCUGACUCCAUUGUAACAGAUAUUGUGACAAAAGAUGAUGAAGCUGAACAUCAUGAUCUACAUAAUCACAUCGACAAUAAAACUCAAAAAGUAGAAAAAGAAAUUAUCGAAUCAGUAACUCAGAAUACUUACGACGUACCAUCUCUGUUACCUGAUCGUAGUUCAUUUCGUAGUUCAAACCAAUUUCAACAAUACGAAGUUCCUCAGGUACCGCAUAAACAAUUAAAUCUUAAUGAAAUGGAUGAACCGCAUAUUUAUCAAGAAAUUCGUCCGAUGUAUGAAGAACAAUUGCAGAAACAAAACGGAAAUCAUGAAGAUUUUCAGUUUAUUCGCGGUGCCAUUGAGCGUGUGUUUGAUUUUCAUACGGCUAGUAAUGACUCGGAAGCAAGUGAUGCAACACCAUACGAACACAUUUCCGACGAUAGUGUAUCAUCAUCCGAAACAAAGUCAUCUCAGUAUAAAACAACAAUUUCAAAGAAUAAUGAUAAAUCAUCAGAUAUUAAACAUAAUAAAUCGAUUUCUGAAGAAAACGCUCCAUUUCCGGCUGUUGAAGCAGUACAACGAUUUUAUCGGAAUAAUAACAACUACAAUAAUACUGUUUAUGUUAAUAGUGAAACAAUAGCGAAAAAAUUGAUACCUGUUACCAAUCUGGAUGAUAAUUUUGAAUAUCUAAAUGAACCAAUGCUCAUAGCACCUACAAAUAAUGAUAAAAAUUCUCCAAGUCAUGUAACACAUAAGAAUACAAUCGACGUAUCAAAACGAUUUGAUUUGUCAAAAAUUAAUGAAGAGGGAAUUUCAGCAACAAAAUCAAAAUCAAAAUCAAAAUCGAGUGCGGGUGCAGUUGAACAAGAAAUCAAUAAUUCUGAAGUUGAUGAUACACUGAAUGACAUUGAAGAUUAUCUAGACCAAGGGAAUAAAGAAAGCUCGCACACAAGUAAUGAAAAUUCACCAGUUACAUCAACACAACAUGCGGUUGUACCGAAAACUAUCAAACCAGCACAAGAAACACAAACAGAAAAGUUCAAUUUUGAUUCUCAUGUUAAAGCAACGAGUAGUCCAACAGAGAGUCAAAGUACAAUACACUCUUAUCAAACAGCAAAAUCUAGUUUACCAGUUGAUAUUGUAACAACAGUUAUUUUGGAAAAGGAAGGUGAUGAUGAUGAUGAUAAUGAUGUGGAUAUUGAAAUGAUUGAAGGUGAUAUGGUAUUAUAUUAUGAUGAUAUUGAAAUCGUCGAACAUUCACCCAUUUCUAGUACAUCUGCAUCUUCAUCCGAAGAUGUUAUUCCUCAACCACCUCCACCGGUACCUGCUCGAACGUUGAAACCAAUGCGAUUACUGAAUGAUGUUAAUGAUGAAACACGAAUUGUUUCUCAACGAAAAGCAAGCAUUGAAACCGAUAUAGAUAAUUAUAUUGAAUCCAGAAAUAUAACAAAUAAUUUAACAUAUGGACAUAUUCAAUCAAAUAAUGUCAUCGAGGUCAUACCUUCAAAAACAACGAAAACAAGUAUUCGAAUCGUUGAUGAAACAAAAAUUCCUCCACUUCCACCUCGUCGUUCGUCAUCUGACUUGAGAAAAUUUGGGGUUAAUAUGGUAAACGAUUUAUUAAAUAGAACUGACUAUAAAAAAGAUUUUUAUGUAACAUCCAUACAACCUUAUCCUCGAAUUCCAUCAUCACGACAUUAUUGUGGAAAAAUUAAUGAAAAUUACAACAAUUCGUCUUCUCGAACAAGUAGUGGUAGUAGCGGAGCAGCAGUCGAAACAUCACGAAAUUUGAAAAAACAAGUUUUACCACUCGAGCCAAUAAUCAAAUCGCGCACAUUACCAGCGACAAUAGGUGAUCAACAAGUAAAUAAUACAGCUAAUAUUAUUGAUCGUUUAUCUACUCAAUUAUCUCAAUCGCCUACCUCUUCUCGUUUACCGCCAAAAAGUCCAUUUGCCACACUUCCAUCAAGAACAACGAAUCCACAUCCGUCUAUUAAACAACAACAAGUUACACGACAAACAUUAUCAACAAACGCACUAACAAAACAAAUUCAAAACGCAGUGAGUAAAAGUAGUCUGUAUGGAUCACAGACUGUCAAUAAUUUGUCAACAUCUACAAAAGAGUUACGAGAUUAUGUAUCGGAUACGUAUACACCUGAUGAGUCAAAUAUUAUUGAUGAUAAUGAAAUCGUGCAUGUAAGAAACGAUGGCAGUGAUCAAUUGUUUAAACGACAACAACGAUUAUCACGUAGUUUUCAUAAUGUAUCCGAUUAUCAUGAUGCACAUACAACUCGAACCUUACCGUCAAAAUCCUACGAAGAUAAUCUAGAUCAUGUUGCUGAUCGAUUACCAUUACCACAACAACACUCUCAGCUUAAGACAACAUUGUCUCAAUCCCGUUUAUCGCCAACAGUUCCUCUAGUGCCAAGUACAUCAACUCAAGAGGAUAAUGCACGAAUGUUAUCGAUGAAAUGGUAUACCGGACAAGUAUCUGAAAAUUCUGAAAUUUGUUAUAUGAAUAAGAACAAUGAUGAUUUGUUGAAAGGAUAUAUCACUGCGCAUGGUACACGUGAAAUGAACAAUUUAUUCGAUAAACUACAUAAUUCAACCGAUGUUCGUAUUCAAGCCGCAUUAGACGAUAUUCGAUUACGUGUCGUUCAAUUCGAUCAAUCAAAAAGUCAAAAUGACUUACAAGCAUUUAUGCUCUAUUUAGAAAGUCGCCUAAAAGAUUUGAGCAGAAUAUCAGUAAUUCCUCGAGAUAUCAAUGGUGACGAUAAUCGAGCAAAACGAACACAAUCGCAAACAUCAUUAAGAACAAGUUCAUCGAAUGAAAAUAUAAUUGACAAUAAUCAAUCGAAUUCAAAUGAGAAAAAUAAACAACCAUCAAGACAACUUGGCAGACAACAAAUGAGGCCAACGACAAAUGGACAUUCUAAUACUCAAAAACGGCGCCCUAGUACAAAUCGAGAUAAAGAAGAGGAUUUAGACAAUGUACUGAAUACCAUUCUUGCUUUACCGAAAAAAGGAGAGACUACUCUGUCUCGAGAGACUAUUAACAAAUCUAUCAACAGAGAUGGGUCUACUCCUUUACCAGUGUCAAUUACAAAUAAGGAUCAAAUUGGCAAGCGACUGUUUGAAAGUGCAUUCACAGAUCAACGAUUAUUAUACGAUGGUCCCAAAAAGAAAGAGGAAUUAUUCGAGACAUCUGUCUGA